GUUCAGUUCGAGAACCAAAAAUUUAAGGGCUGGCAUGCGGCCCAAGGAAAACAAAGAUCAGCCUCAACACGUCAACCGCUUCCCUCUCUCGCGACAACUAUCUAUCACCACCACCAGCCCCAACGCCCCAACGACCUCACGCCCACCUCCACGCACAACCCACAACGCUCCUCACCACUUUCACGCACAACCCACAACGCUCCUCACCACUUUCACGCACAACCCACAACACUCCCCCCUACCUUUCUCCUCAGUGCGCGUAUCACCUUCCACACCAUUCUUUCGCGAAUCUUCCUUAGGCGACGAACCAACGCACCACGAAGCUACAGGAAACAAUGACUUCCAACGGUAUCUCUAUUCCAGCGACGGCUCGCGCGAAGGAGCAGGUCCUGGGCGACGAAGAGGCGGGCAAGGAGCUCAAGCUUGGCGAAUUCAAGGACGCGACGGCUUUGACGCUCUCGGAGGCGCGCACUCUCAUGACUGUUAUCUUCGACCACCGACGGGAUGCGGGAAAGUUCAAGGUCCCGGACGACCCCAUUGUCACCAAGACUCAGGCAUACCUCGAGGUCUUCUCGCGGUUCAAGACACAGGAGACUGCUCAGGCGGUUGAGCGUAUUCUCCUCAGUCAGAAGGACCUGUCGUCCUUUGAGCGCGCGCAGCUGGGCUCCCUUUGCUGUGAUAAUGCGGAGGAGGCGAAAACAUUGAUUCCCAGUCUAGCGGACAAGAGAUCCGACGAUGACCUCAAGGACCUUUUGGACGAGAUUACCAGACUCCGCCAGUUCCUGUAAACUGUUGGUAGCUCGAGGAACGAACCCCUACUACCAAGUUAUAACACCGCCUACGUUACUUCUUCAUGUCUUUCUAUCCGAUGUAGCGUUCGUCGUUACGCUCAUGCACUCCUAAAUCCACACACCCGCCCCACUGGCGGCGCAUUUCCACACACGGGGGUUCGAGGUAGCCGGAUAGCUGGCUAUGAGAUACGUACAUAUGUAGCUUGGUAGACAAACACAAUCACCAAUUACAUCCCCACCGUGUUCUCUCCGCUACUAUGACCAUCAUGUUUGGGCUGCAAGAAGAUCUGAGAGAUUCGAUUCUAUAGACAGCAAAACCAUGACCUACCUAGUGACGAGUGCUCAAAAUGAGG